AUGCCGGACUCUAACAUCACCAGCCAUGAUGGCUCAGUAUCAUACUUCGCCUUCCCUGACCCUCUCACUACACUAACCUUCUUCAACAGCGACCUGACGGACUCUGUUCUAGAGAGUGAUGAGGGUUUCAUCAGUGACGAUGAUGAUCCCGAUGAUGAUCCUGAGGAGGAGUUCUCCGUUCCUUCGGCCUAUUUGACAACAUUCCCUGUCGAGCGCCUUCUUUCGCCGCUGCCCGAGUCCGAGUCCAGGAGUACCAGCACGUUGUCGAUGAGCCCAGAACUCAGCAGUAGCUCACAGCAUGAUCUAUCUGAAAGGGACCCAUAUAUCGACAAGACGGGAACCCCAGUUACAUCUCCCGAUCACGACUGCUUAUCCUCAGGCUCUUCUAGUUCUAGUUCUGGAAGCGACGACGACUCUGACAUCCUCGCGCCUCCUUCUCGUCGCUUUCAGGAAGGCAAUAGCCCAACUGAGCCACCCAGAACCUCUACGAUCGUGUCAUCGACACAGAAACUCAACAAAGAAACGCCUCCCGAGCUUGGCUCGGACCUGCCGUCGUAUCAUGUGCACCAACUCGACUGGAAGCAUCCAGUCCAUGCUGGUAGGCUCCGUGAGCGAAGUGAACAACAUGACAGGGAGAUCAAGGCACUCAUUUGGGACACAAACCACAUAUUCAGACCGACGGAUAUUGUUGGGAGCUCUCGGUAUAGAAAAGAGCUGAGUGACUGGCGAAGAUCACGCCGAGCAUAUAUCAUGAACAAAUCAACUGCUCAGAAGCAAGCGCAGGAUCAACGGUUUAUACUGGCUUUGUCGGAUCUUAUUGAGAAAAGAAACAAGUUCUUUGGCAAGAAACGCUAA